AUGGACGGGAGCAUUGCCCGUCCACGACGUCAAUCGUUGCUCAUCGGACAACGAUCACUUGACGUCUACAAUGAGGUUGAUCAAGGUCCCCGUUUCGUUCGCUGGAUUAUUGGAAAAUUCAGAAACUGGGGUUUUCUGAUUGCCAAACACGCGUGGCUCGCAAUUAUAAUCUGUAUUAUUAUCUCAACACUAGCCAUGGUAAAAAUUCUUCUAACAAAACAGGCCAACGAUAUCACCGGAUAUACACCAUACGGGGCACGUGCAAAAGAUGAGUAUCUCGAGUACCAGCGGUUCUUCUCAAGUUCUGGACUACCUAUAGCAGCUUACCUGUUCAUUGUGGCUAAGGAUGAGGGGAGUAUGUCGAGGCCGGAUUAUUUGGAUGAGACGAUACAAGUGUUGAAUUUCGCAUUGAAUAAUAUCACAAUGUAUGACUCAAUUUCUGGAAAAAAUGAGACUUUCAACCAGUUUUGUCAAAGCUUCUGUCAGAUCAAUGAGCCUGUCAGACAGUUUUAUAACGGCUACCAAAUCCUGAGCGAUGGAGACCAAAACUCUCGGAUCAAAAUUCAAUAUCCUGUAUCUGACAUGUUUGGAAGACAAUUUUCACUCCAACCAAAUUUUUUUGGUGUCGAACUCUUUGACCAACCAGACGAUGCAGCAAAGCUUCUCGACUCAGCAGAUGGUGAUCCGGUUUUGGAAUUAAACGCCACUCGACUCGUUGACCCUGUCUCCCGAAUCACCAACGUUAAAUCGGUUAAAAUGAUCACCUUGCAAUUCCGUGCCGAGCACAAACCAGGAUGGACAGAGGGUCAAGUCAAAAAAUGGGAGAUGGACAUGGUGGAUAUAUUCGAGAAACGCUACAACUCAAAACGUCUGAAAAUCUAUGCGUACUCUCAAUCGUAUGUCGAAGAGGAGAUGGUUCGAGGUGGUAUUAUUAUGAUACCGUAUCUCGUUGUCGGAUUCGCAAUCAUGUGUUUGUGCAGUUGUGUUCUUGUGAUGAUUCGAGCACUUUAUAUGCAUCAAGAAAACGUUUAUAAAGUCAUAUUGGCUAUUAUGGCAUGUCUGACACCCCUGCUCGCUUGUGCAACAGCAUUGGCGUUAAUGUUCACAUGCGGUGUUCGAUUUGCAUCAAUUCUUUGUGUCAUUCCCUUCUUGGUGCUUUCUAUCGGUGUCGACUCCUCCUACUUAAUGAUUCACGAAUGGCAACGUGUCACGAAGCACAUGAGAGAGACUCCCAGGAAGAAAGACAGUGUGGGCCAUCGAAUGAGUGAAGUGAUGGCUGAAGUUGGUCCGGCUAUUCUGAUCUCUUGUCUCACUAAUAUGUUUGCUGACUUUGUCGGAUCGUUCACGUCAUCUCCUGAAAUCACACUUUUGUGUACUGGAAAUAUGUUAUCCAUGUGGUUUGCGUUCAUCUAUCAAAUGACUUUCUACGCUGGAUUGAUGUCAAUUGUUGGUGGUUAUGAAUUUGGUUCUGACGAGAUUGACAAAAAUCGAAUGGAAAUCAACAUUGCCGAAAACCGUGUGAACAUUGCCCGACACCACCGUCCUCUUACUAGACAACCGUCAAAAUUCCACGAAGCAACUCAACCAAUCAUCAGUGACUCCCUCCAAAAAUACACUCAUCUCAUGACAACACCAUUGGUCUUCGUAUCCAUUUGUCUGGCCUAUUUGGCAUAUCUGGCAUUCAGUAUUUAUGGAAUCACUCAAUUGAAUAUCAAUUUGACAGCACAGAAGCUUUUUGCUCUCGACUCGCCGUUACUGGAGUUGGAUGAUUUGAGAAUUAAGUAUCAGGUACCAGUGUAUUCGAUGGCUACAGUUUUCGUGAAUACCCCUGGUAAAUUGGAGAAUCCUGAGAGACUGAAACGACUGAACGAGUUCGUCAGAGAAAUGGAAUCGAUAAACGGGACAUGGGGAGAAGGAUGGGGUGAACUUGGAACAAAGUACUUUAUCAGGGAUUAUGAUGUCUUCCAGCAAUCAUUCGGAAGCGAAGACGAGGAUGAAGAUUUUAUGGAUGAAGACAAGCCAGUAACAGUCCACUCAGAUGAUAAGAUGACGUAUCGAGAGGAUGAACUGAAAUACUUUUUGAAAUGGCCAGAGUAUGAUUUCUGGCAAGGAUUUGUGAAAUUGAGAAAUGCUACUAAUUCGACAGAUCCAGAAGCCGAGGAGCUUGACCGAUUCUUCUUCACUACCGGAUAUCACGGGGAAAAACUAACAAUUUGGACACAACGCGGAGAAAUGUUGAGGGCUUGGAGAAAAGUUGUCGACAAAUAUCCCGACUUUGGCGCCUCUGUCUACCACGAAGACGGUGUCUAUCUUGAUCUCAUCGACAACAUGCCAACCGACACGUGGCAAUCUGUACUCGGAACAUUAGUCUGUAUGGCACUUGUCUGUUUCGUUUUCCUCAAUAACCUGUUCACUGUGGCCAUUGCUUCCCUUUCGGUUCUCUCGAUUUGCGCUGGUAUUCUGGGAAUUUUGUCGUGGUGGCACGUGGAUCUCGACCCGAUUACAAUGGCAGCCAUGAUUAUUUCUAUUGGUUUCUCGGUGGAUAUUCCAGCUCACGUUUCCUAUCAUUACUAUCAAGCUUCAAUCCAAGAAGGGCCAAUGUCUCCACCCUCUUCUCGUCUCGCCAACUGUCUUUCCUCCGUCGCCUUCCCAGCUCUUCAAGCAGCGUUGUCCACAAUUCUUUGUGUUUGCAGUUUGCUCUUCGUCAAUUUAUACAUGGCUGAGGUAUUCGUAAAAACUAUGGUGUUGUGCGUUGUUCUGUGUAACCUUCACGGUUUAGUCUUCCUUCCAGCUAUUCUCAUUCUUUUGGACUCGAUUCGAUGGGCGUGUCGACCAAAGGGAGCCGCAGCUCAGCGUCCAAAACAACCAAAGGCCAACUCCAGGCAAAAACAGAAAAAUGCAAAGGUUCAACCGGAGAAGAGUGUGGUCACUGAUCGGCCGGAAAUCUAA